GCCUGAUAUUUGGCAUUGUUUUUAUAUUUACCACCAGAAGAGAACAAUGGCAUCUGUUCUCUUCCAACACAUGCUGGGAAAGCUUGCUUUCAUCGACACGAAAGGAAAGCCGGGAUAGAGCUAUUCUUAGUGAAAUCUACGCGAACACUCUCACCAGCCGCUUUGGACAAAUUAUAGAAGAUGUUCAGAGAAUGUACAAGAGGUGUCGAGAAGUUGGAGUGGAAAGCCAUGAAGAACUACUGAAAGUCCUGCAUGAGCUUCAUACUAGCAUGAAGACCUACCAUGCUUACCACUCUGAAGAAAGGCAGAUGGAAAGUAAGAUUAAAAUUCUCGAGUCCCAGAAGAGCAAACUAGAGCAGUCAAUCUCUUCUGAGAAGAUCCAGCGACUAAAGAAAUAUAAUUUAAUAGUAAAGGAUCUCCAAAAGAGACAGUCCAAGUAUAAUGAUUCAAAGCUCAAAUCCCUGAAGGCUCGAAAUGAUUACGUGUUGUGUUUGGAUGCAGCGAAUGCAGUGGUUCAGAAGUACUAUGUUGAUGAUCUUCCAGACUUGAUUGAUGUAAGUUGGUUUUUUAAAUGA